AUGAGCGAUUUAAAUGAUCUGUGGUUAGAUGUACAGAAAAUUUUUCCAAUUUUAAAUGGAAAAAUAACUGCUCCAACACAGCCAAUUGAUGAGGAAUUGUUUGAAAAUGCUUACCGGCAACUCUCCAAACUUGGAGGCAUUGAAACAUUGGCAACUAUUUUGGAAAUGGAAAUUGAGUCGACCAUUCGAAAUACGCUUGCUCCGAGGUUUUGGAAACACUUCACUACUGACAGCCAAUCCACCAAGGCAAAGUCGGAGGCAGCUUCAAAUAUUCCAGCACUCACUGACUCAAAUGCGUUGUUCUUCAAAUUUAUCGCUGCAAUUGAUGAACUUUAUGAUGGCUAUCAGUGCUUACAGCAAAUAAAGCCCAAUUUAGCACGUCUAAACAAAGGCGCCCAGGCGUUUCCAAAGUCGGGCGAUAGAAAGACCAAUUUACAUAAUGCUUUGCUGGCGCAAUUGGCGCCAACAUUUAAUAGUUUCGUUUGCGACUUUUACGCCGUACAUUUCCGACUGUUCACUAAAGAUACAAGUCUAUCGUCGACCACACUUGAUGGAGAAGUGUUUUCAGAGCUACCAUGUGUCGGAUGUAAUUUCGAUCACGAGCAAUGCUGUUGUCAAAAACUCACUGAAAUGGUGAAUGAAACGAAUCGAAAAUUGGCAAAGAUGGAUUUAAUUGAUCGUUUAGCGGGAAGUGCUUUGACAGCUUUAAUCAAGCUAAAAAUCAAGGAACAUAUCAACGAUACCUGCCUGGGAAUUUUUGACAGAAGUCACCUCAAAAAACUAGAAACGUGGAUCAACGAUAUUGUUAUGACCUGGCUAACUACAAUUUUUUCAGAAUGUAAAUCGAAGGAUGAUAUUUCUGAAGAGAAAAUACCAAAGUCUGUGCAGGCUUUUAAAGUGAAACUAACUUAUUUUAUGUAUGAAACAUUUGCACAAAACGUAAUUAGUCAAUUUUUCAGUAUAAUUAUAGACUACCCGGACUCAACGCCUGCCAUAGACGAUUUAAAGAUUUGUAUGGAGAAAAUCGAUAUGAGAGUUCUGUUAACUGAAUCAUUGAGAAGUUCGCUGGAAGCAAGGAUUUUGCAUCCCGGUGUCAAUACUAUGGAUAUAUUGACGGGAUACGUAGCAGCAAUUAAAGCCAUACGGCAUCUAGAUAACACAGGAGUGAUAUUAGAGAUAGUUACGGCUCCAAUCAAAGAUUACUUACGCAAGCGCAAUGAUACUGUGCGACGUGUUGUUACUGGCUUAACAGAGGAGGGACCAACGGACCUUUCCGAAGAGUUGGCUAAGGGCGAAUUUAUUAAAGAUGGCAAAGAUGCUGGACUCAAUGAAUUUAGUAAUUGGGAAAAUUGGGAACCGGAUCCCUUUGGCAUUGACCCCGAUGUCUUGGAGUUAAGUAGCUCGAAAAUUAUUCGAUCUGCCGAUAUUAUAUCCAUGGUGGUCGAUAUAUAUGGAAGUAAAGAGCUAUUUAUGGUUGAAUACCGCAACUUGAUGGCUGAUCGAUUAUUGUCGCAGCUUGACUUUAAUUCGGAAAAAGAAAUUCGAAAUCUUGAAUUGCUUAAAAUCAGAUUCGGUGAAUCGCUUCUACAUAGCUGUGAGGUGAUGCUAAAGGAUGUUACCGAUUCAAAACGCAUUAAUGCGCACAUUCACAGCAAUGGCAACUGUGAUGAAACUCCAUUAUUUGACAUUUCGUCAAUGAUAAUUUCGGCGCAAUUCUGGCCAUCAUUUAAUAAGGAGAGUCUACAGCUGCCCGAGGAGCUGGAAAAUGAAUUUAAGAAAUUUACGAAAGCAUAUGAAUCUUACAAGGGAAACCGCACUCUCAAUUGGCGCCCGGUGACCGGACGUGUCAACAUAGUUAUCGAAAUCGGCGAGAGAGUAUUGGAGAUGACGGUCCCGCCAACACAAGCUAUAAUCAUUUACCACUUCCAACAUAAAAAUGAGUGGAGCGUGGACGAAUUGAGUAGCCUUAUUAAAGUUCCCCCAUCUGCGCUAAGAAGACGCAUAAGCUUUUGGCAAAAUCAUGGUCUGAUUUCAGAGACAGAACCCGGUAUUUUUACACUCUUGGAGAAGGCAUCGGAGAAAACACAGUUUGAGGAGAUGAAUGUCACAGAUGCCGACGAAGAGGACUUGGAAUCAGCUAUGGCCUCGGCCAGUGAUCAAAGAGAAGAAGAACUUCAAGUUUUCUGGUCUUAUAUUGUUGGUAUGCUUACAAAUCUAGAUUGUAUGCCGAUCGAUCGGAUUCACCAAAUGCUUAAGCUAUUUGCUUCACACAGCGGAGGAGUCGAAUUUACGCAAGAUGAAUUAAAACAUUUCUUGCAACGUAAAGUUCGCGAACAUAAACUUUUAUUCUCCGGUGGAGUUUAUCAGUUAGCUAAAUAAAAUCGCAAUGUUUGGUCAAUACUAAGUAUUUCUAUCCUACACAUUCAAAAUGGAUUAGUGAAGUUGUGUAAAUGCAUGUAACAUGCAGAAGCCAACUCUUAUCCCACAUGGUGUAUUUAUAGAAUGCAUGUGUUGGGAUGAAAACGUUAGAAAUUUAAUUUAAUCAAAUGAAAUGAAUAUGGAAUAAUAGCAAUAAAGUAUUAACUAUUGUUUACCAUUUA